GAUGCAACUACGUUCAUUCAUUCGCCUCUUGGGUCUCCCCAACUUUGCCAAAGUUGAACUCUUGAACCUCCUCAAUCUCUCUAUCUCUCUUCUCAAACAACCACCAUGACUGCAUUUUCAACCUCCAGCCUGAGAUUUCAAAGAAAGAAGAAUUAACAGUGGAAAAAGGAGGGAACUUGGAGCUACCCAUUCUUCCUUUUUUUGGUUUGUGCUUUUCACGUUUCACUGCUUUUUUCUUUCGGUCAACGAGGUCAACGUGUUUUGAGCUUCACGUGUAUCAUGGGGAUCAGCUUUUAUGCAUGAGGCUCUUAUGAAAUGCUGCGGUUGAAGAAAGAGGAUACAAAACAUGGAGCGAGUGGUUUCAUGUUUAAUGGGAUUGGGACCGUUUCUUCUUUAUGCAGCUUUGGUAUUUGAUGUUAUGCUUGAGGUUUCUGGCAAUCAAGAAGGUGAUGCCCUGAAUGCAUUCAAGACUCAGAGAGACUUGAAAGAUCCUAAUAAUGCUCUUCAAACCUGGGAUCCCACUCUUGUAAAUCCUUGCACAUGGUUUCAUGUCACUUGCAACCAAGAUUAUAGUGUGACCAGCAUUGAUCUUGGAAAUGCACAGAUUUCGGGUCAUCUUGUUCCAGAACUUGGUAAACUUCAGAAUUUGCAAAGGCUGGAACUUUUCAAUAAUGAUUUAACUGGGCCUAUCCCAAAUGAGCUUGGAAAUUUGAUAAAUUUGGAGAAGUUGGAUCUUUACUCAAACAACUUAACUGGUGUCAUACCAGACACAUUGGGCAACCUUAAAAAUUUACAUGACCUGCGUCUCAACAACAACAGUUUGUCAGGAAAAAUUCCCAUAUCUUUGACCAAUAUUUUGACUCUGCAAGUCCUUGAUUUAUCAUACAACCAGUUAACAGGAAAUAUUCCAGUCAAUGGUUCAUUUUCAUCAUUUACCCCCGUCAGUUUCGAACAUAACCACUUGAAUGAAACAAAAAAUCCAUCUCCACGCUAUGUUCUGCCACAAAAUACCAAGUCAGGUAAGAGUGCCAUCGGAGCUAUUGCUGGAGGAGUUGCUGCUGGAGCUGCUUUAUCAAUUGCAGCCCCUGUGAUUGUAGUUGCUUACUGGCUACGAAGGAAACCACAGGAUGAGUACUUUGAUGUUCCUGCUGAGGAGAAUCCUGAAGUUCACCUUGGUCCGCUUAAGAAGUUUUCUCUUCGUGAGCUGCAAAUUGCUACAGAUCACUUCAAUGCCAAAAAUGUGUUGGGAAAGGGUGCGUUUGGUAAGGUUUAUGAAGGACGCUUAGCCGAUGGCAAGCCAGUAGCAGUGAAAAGACUUAAAGAGGAACGCUCCUACAGUGAGGACUGUCAGUUUCAAAUGGAAGUGGAAAUGAUUGGCCUGGCUAAGCAUCGCAAUUUGCUUCAGCUGCUUGGUUUUUGUAUGACUCCUACUGAACGCAUGCUUGUGUAUCCUUUGAUGGUUAAUGGAAGUCUAGCAUCUUGCUUAAGAGGGCGUGCGCCAUCAAAACCGCCGCUUGGUUGGGCACAACGGGAGUCUAUUGCGCUGGGAUCUGCCAAGGGGCUUGCUUAUUUGCAUGAGCAGUGUAACCCGAAGAUUAUUCAUCGUGAUGUUAAAGCUGAUAAUAUAUUGCUAGACGAACACUUUGAAGCAGUUGUUGGAGAUUUUGGUUUAGCAAAGCUUAUGGAGUUUAAAGAUACUCAUGUUACCACAGCUGUAAAAGGGACAAUUGGACAUAUAGCACCCGAAUACCUCGGAACUGGAAAGUCUUCGGAGAAGACUGAUGUUUAUGGAUAUGGUGUGAUGCUUCUUGAACUAAUAACUGGACAGAGGUCUUUCGACAUGGCAAGGAUUGCCAGAGAUGAAGAAAUCUUAUUGCUUGCUUGGGUAAAAGGGCAUCUGAAUGACAAGAAGUUGGACAAACUGGUGGAUAGUGAUUUACAGGGAGACUAUAACUUAGAAAAGGUGGAGCAAUUAAUCCAAGUGGCCAUAUUAUGCACACAAGACUCUCCUAUGGAUAGGCCUAACAUGUCUGAGGUAGUGAGAAUGCUGGAAGGUGAUGGUUUGGCUGAAAGAUGGGAGGAAUGGAAGAAAAGGGACAAGAUCCGGCAAGAAUUCGACCGCACCCACCGUUAUGUUGCCAAUUUGAGGAACCGUGACGAGUCAACCUCAAAUGCCAACAUGGAACCAGAACAACUCUCAGGUCCUAGAUGAUGUUUGGAUGUUAAACACAAUGCUGCCUUGAUUUGCUUUAUAUUUGUGCAUAUGGUUUUCAUCCUCUGCCUUUGUUUUCUUUUUUGUGAUCUUUAUUUCCAAAAAGCAUAGCCUUCAUCAAUUUGUGAUUAUUACAGAUAAAAUAAGAAAUUUGUAGCUUGUAUUGGUAAUGAAGUGGUAAGGUGAAAGUGAAACAAUAGCCCACAAGUCUUCCAUAACUUUUUGUCAUUGUAUGUGUCACUCACUAUGUUAGAAAUCUUUUGGAAAAUUAAUAACUAGAUUGUUCUAAAUUAA